GUGAGAGAAAGAGAGCGAGAGAGAGAGAGAGAGAGAGAGAGAGAGAGAGAGAGUAGGGGGGGUAAUAAGGAUGCAAGUGUGAAGCAAUGUGAAGGGAGCCUAGAAAGAACGACUGGGGCAAUCACACGGGGGAGAAGGAGUCAGGAAGAGCAGGAAAAAACGUGUAGUUGGAAUAGCCUGGUGGUAAAGUGUAGAGAUGCAAUGACUAGAUGAUCUGCUACGACGUGUACCAGCAUCCUGUCCUGUAGCCUUGACAGGAGGUGACAAGUCAAACUGACAUACACUGCUACGUCACUGCAUCAUGUCAUCUACAGGGUCUUCCAAACACAACAAACAUCUGGCAUCGGAGACAGACAACUCCCAGAGAGUGUUGAACAAUGAUUCUACACAGCAUCUGAAGCUGAGGGAGAGACAACGCUUUUUUGAGGAGGUCUGCCAGCAAGAUGUGGAUAACUACCUGCCCUCAGCUCACUUGCAGAUUGACAGCAGGAAACCCCCCAUGGGAAGUAUCUCGUCUAUGGAGGUGAACGUGGAUGUGCUGGAGCAAAUGGACCUGAUGGACAUCGCUGACCAAGAGGCCCUUGAUGUGUUCCUCAACUCUGGAGGAGAUGAGGGAGUGCUAGCAUCAUCCCCACUACCAGAUGAGGAGGACGAAGAUGAGGCAGAUGAAGAGGCCGAGGUUGUCUAUAGGGUGUGUCCACCAUUGCAAAGGCAAAAUGAAGUCCACCACGGGUCAAAGUCUCGCACGUCGUCGACAUCAUCGGGCUCCAGUGAUACUAGCGGGGGUGGAGCAGACACACCUGUAAUCCAGUCAGACGACGAGGAAAUCCACGCCGAUACACAAUUGCUGACCUCUGUUCCCCAUACUAAGGAUGAAGAAACGGAGGACGAGGAAGAGGAGCAGCGAUGCCUUCUGACUAAAUCUUAACAAAGCCUUAAUUAGAAUUAGAAUUAGACUUAGAGACAAGCAGGCAGGGUGUAAAGAGUUGAAAUUUUUCUCUUACUGCCUCUUCACAUUGGCUGAGAAACCCGAGCAUGAUACACCUGCUGUGAUUUGUCCUUUGAAUAUUUGUGCAUAUUUUUUGUAAGAAGUUUGUUCUUUACUACUUAAAAUAUACAUUUUCUUCUCUUUGUUAAUGGAAAAAAAUGUCAGCUGAAGCUACUGCUCUUUGUUUCCUGACAUUUAACACAAAUUAUACAGUAGGAUUUAUUCAACGCCCACACACUUAAAUGUUCUGGCUGCGUGCUGCCUGAGGUGAACCUCCCUCCUGCUGACUUUGAUUCAAAGCAAGUACCAAGCAGCCAUGUUCAACACGAACGCUGCAGUGCAUCAUCACUUUGCAGUUUAAAAAAAUAAAAUAAAAUACAUUAAAACCAUAAAAGCCCAUCCGCAGGUUGUACUUUACUGAUGUGGGCAAGUCUCAAGUAAAUGACUUUAGUCAAAAUAACUUUCAUUUUGAUGACAAACUGCGCAAGGUGCGCUGGCUGAAACAGUUCCAAUGUAGUAAAAGUUAACUUCAUUCUCACGCCUUAGUCAUAGCAGGUUUUGUAAUGUUGAAAAUUAAACAUAAGUGGCCAUAAAGCAUCCUUUUGAAAAAAAAAAAUACAAUUAUGAUGGGUGUGUUUUACUCACAACACUGUGUGAUGAAUGGCAUUCACUGAAAUCAUUAGUUUUGGUAGUGGUUUUAAUUUUCUUCAUUUCUUCCAUAUUGUUGUAAAGAGUAGUUAUUUUUCUAAAUUCCCCAUAAGUUUUGAAUGAAGUUCCGAGGAACCAUUGUUAAUAUAGAUUUUUACACAGAAUUAUUUUUUGAUAAAGUGAAACGUAACAUUUGAAUCACUCCCAAAACUAUGUGGUGGCUUUAGUUAUACUUUGCCAUUGUUGAUGUAGUAAAUCUAGGCUUUGAAAUGGACACAAUCUGACAGAUCUCAACAAAAGACUGUUACUCAAUGUGGUAAAAAUAAGAGAAAUGACAUCAAUCAUAAUAUAAAAUUCUUAAGCUGCAUUUGAGGCUUGAUGUAGAUUUUCCCAGUUGAUUUCACACCAUGUUGCGGCAUGCAUCGAAUUUAUAGUUAAACGAGUGAAAUUUCAUUUUACACACACACACAGUUUGCCUACAGUGACAAACCUCACUGAUUCCAGCUUUUAUCUGUUGUCUCUUAAGUGACUAUGUUGAAAUUGAAAUCCAGUGGAAUGUGUGCACUGUUAUUGUAACCUCAAAAGAAAAAAUCAUUUAAUUAUUAGAUCAUGUCUCAUUUUUUGCAGCAUGCAUGAUUUUCCAUCUCCACCACAAAUACAAAACCUGGUCUCUGCUCUGUGGCUCUGGUCACCUAGACUGCAGAAUGAUAUUCUAUUUUUUUGUGUUAGGUGCAACAUUUUUGAUUGAGUAUUGACAAAACCUGUUGCUGUGUGCUUGUGCAAGAUAUUUGCACUUUUACAAAUGCACUGAAGUUGUGAAUGCAUGCCUUUUGUUCCUAUAUUUCUUUCUGUUGUGCAACAGCAUUGUGCAUGACUCAACACAACCGACACGUGUUAUUAUUGGCUAAGUACUUGGUCGGGCAUGUUGUCCCUCUCCCCUGAGUGAAAUGACUUUUUGAAGGACAAAGAUGCCUGUGAUCUCAAAGUGUAAGUUUGAGUGGGUGUGGGACAAAUGGAACUGGAGAGGUUCAAAAAACACAAGACCAACUGGGCUUCUUGUCUAUACAUUGCCACCCAUCAGUAUAAUGGAGAAAGGUUUAAGGAAAACAGAAAAUGUGACCAAAUUCUUGACCGAACUAGUAUUAUAUGGUAAAUGGUGUGCCUUUAUUGAAGGUAGACUUGAUGGACUAUAUGCGUAUGGUUGUGGAUUUAAAGAUUUGUACAAUACAAUGGUUAUUCAACAAGCUAAGUUGGGUCAUUUUGCAACCCUACAAUCAAACUGCAUGCUGUUUCCGAUUUGAACAUUUUGCUCUCAUAUGAAUAAAAAUGACUGAAGUUUAAAAAGCUACCACAAAAUUGGUCAUUUAAUUAUUUUUAUAUAUGAUCUCCUUGAUGUUUUUUUUCCCGUUUUGUUAGAGCUUGUCCUGCUUCCCUUUUGGACACAGAAAACUCCAGAUACAACUCCAAAAUACAGUAGUGGAUGCCUUAAAUGCUUGUCCUACAAGUCUGUCAAAGAAGGCUGUGUUAUGUUAUGUUAUGUUAUGUUAUGUUAUGUUAUACAGGGGGUGUUAUGAUUUGCCAGUCACUCAUGUUAGUCAUACCAGCUUCAAAAAGGUACUGAUGUUGAGCGUUAUACAGGUUGAAGGGAAUAUAGAAUACUUUAUAUUGUAAUGUGUAAUUCUAACUAGUUUGGAAGAGAAUGUGUAUUGGAGUAUAGGGGUAUUUGGCCCCAUCGGGGGGUAUUUGGAGACACAUCUCAAGGAAGAAAGGAACUGCGGGGAGCCACUAUAAACAUUGAAUGCAGGAAUGUGAGCCGACAUCUGCAGGCGACACCUGGAGCAGAAGUCUGGAGCCAGAUCAAAUGGUCAUCAUUCUGCAGGACAACAAUGACGUCAGAUUACGGACCAAUCAGACGACAGCGAUUCCAUACUGGCCCGUUUGAAACAUUGUAUAAGUCUGGGGUAGAAUCAGAUAGUUUUAGUUCGACUACUUUAUCUGCUAAGGAUAAGAUAGGGUAGUUACGAACCCAGAGCUCUGCAAAUGUAUAGACUCCUCUGUCAGGAAUAAAUUGGUUGGUUUUGAUA